UCCAUGAGUUUGUACUUAUUAUUCUGCUUGUUUCAUGUACCAGGAAAUGAUGAGACUCCUGAUAAGAUGUUCAAGAUAACUCCUAACAAAGUCUGGAUAAAAGCAGGAGUAGUUGAUGCGCUUAAUGCAAUGCAGAAACAUGUACAGGAAAAGGUCAAGAAGAGACUAGACAAAGAGAAACCCUUUUCUGUUCUCAAUGUUUCAUUUGUUGUGUUCAGAAAAUUAGUUCGUUUGGAUGACGAAACUGAGUGCCUCAUCACUGGAUGGGUUGAAACAUUGGAACGCUUUGAUAUGUGGCACGCUCAUCCAUUUCCUCCCACUGAAUUGAAAUCAGUGGAGAAUUACCAAGCAUGCGGGACUGGGAGGUUUUAUGCUCUUAAGAUAUUAAAGCAAUUCAUACGCUGCAAUUUCAUUCUACUCAACAUGUGUGUUGGAGAAGCUGAAGAUGUUGCUAUACGAUGUUUACUUGACGCUGGGUUUUAUGAACCAUGUACUGGUGGAGCCCUAAAGGUUUGUUGCGUGCUAAAGGAUGGAUGCGUACCUUUAUAUAACUCCAUCGAUGCUUUAACAGUGUUGAAGGAAAUCGACUUAUGUGUGCCUAAUCAAACUAAGAUUAGUUCCAUGAUUGUAAUCGGAGAGAAUGUUCUAGAAUUCCUAGUCCUAUUCGGAAUACUUUUCCUUAUACUAUUAGAACAUAUACUUUGUAAUCCCUAUAUAUAGAGCUCCUAUUCUCAAUAAUGAUAUACACA